AUGAAGAACCCAAUGCUGGAAGCAGUGUCACUAGUGCUGGAGAAGCUGCUCCUUAUCUCCAACUUCAAGCUCUUCAGUUCAGGCACCCCGGGCGAAGACAAGGCAAGGAACACUGUCUAUGAGAUCAACUCUUUUCUCCGUGGCGACGUUCUGGAGGUGCCUCGGACCCACCUGACACACUAUGGCAUCUACCUGGGCGACAACCGUGUCGCCCAUAUGAUGCCCGACAUCCUGUUGGCCCUGACUGACGACAAGGAGCUCACGCAGAAGGUGGUCUCCAACAAGCGUCUCAUCCUGGGCGUCAUUGGCAGGGUGGCCAGCAUCCGCGUGGACACAGUGGAGGACUUCGCCUACGGAGCCAACAUCCUGGUCAAUCACCUGGAUAGGUCCCUCAAGAAGAAGGCGCUGCUCAACGAAGAGGUGGCGCGGAGGGCGGAGAAGCUGCUGGGCAUGACUCCCUGCAGCCUGCUCUGGAACAACUGCGAGCACUUCGUCACCUACUGCAGGUUCGGCACCGCGAUUAGCCCCCAGGCCGACAAGUUUUGUGAGAAUGUGAAGAUAAUUAUUCGUGAUCAGAGAAGUGUUCUUGCUUCGGCAGUCUUGGGAUUGGCAUCUAUAGUCUGUCUGGGUUUGGCAUCAUAUACUGCCCUUCCUGCAAUUUUUAUUCCAUUCUGCUUAUGGAUGGCUGGCUAACUUCAUACCCUCGUUUCAGUGUGUGUAUUC